AUGGAAUGGUAUCAAGAGUGGGAUCAUCCUUACGUGGAAAUUUUGGAUCCGGAGGCGCAGAGAUAUUUGAAGAAGGCAGAGAAAGAGAGUUCAAAAUCAAAGGAAUCAAUGAAUGAAGAAGAUGAUUGGGAGAAGAUAGUGGUUGAACGAGUUAAUUGGGUGGUCAAGGACAUGAGCCGUAUGAUUGAUUUGGGUGAAAAGUUGACGGUCCCCGAACAAAGAUUACUCCGGAAUCGAGUUAAAGGCAUAAUAAUUCCUGAGAAAACAGUUCUACAUGCUUAUGAAGAGGAACGAUCAAGGAGAGGUAAGAGGGAUAGGUAUCCUUCUUCUAGCGACGACUCGGAUACUCCCUCCGGUGAGCAAGCUCAAUCAAAGCAAGGAAAAGGCGGUCGAGGCAGUCGAGGUGGAGGUGAAAAAGGUGGUCGUGGUCGAGGUGAAAAAGGAGGCCGUGUUGGAACAAGUGCUCGAGGUGGAGGUGGUGGAGGUAAAAAGACUUCAACUCAAGUUGGCAGGGGAAAAAGAGGUAAAAAGGCCAGAGUGGUAGAACAAGUUGUUGAACAGGAGAAAGAGGACGACGAUUUGGAUACUUUUUUUGAGCACAUAUUCGGAGGAGGAGGAAUCAAGUGA